AAGAGCGAAAAUUUAACCCUCUUGUGUGAGGAACGGUGCCAAACAUGACUUCGAAGAGGAAAGAACUGCAAAAACUAGUGGAAAAACUAUCAAAGAAAAAAGAAAUUCAUUUUAACAGACAACAAAUAGAAAAACUGAUAUACAAAUUUUUUGAUCUCCAUGGUGGUCGUACAAUGAUGGACAAGAAUCAUGUUGUAAAGAUGGAGAGGAGCAUGUUCCGAGAUGUCCUCUACAAUUACUUCAGUAUGACAGAUGAUGUCUUACUUGAUAGAGUUUUCAGGGCUUUUGAUAAAGACAGUGACAACUUUAUAAAUGUUGAGGAGUGGGUUAGUGGUAUGUCAGUGUUCCUUCAGGGCAACAAGGAAGAGAAGUCCAAGUUCUGUUUCUGUGCCUAUGAUCUCAAUGGGGAUGGCUACAUAUCACGAGAAGAAAUGUUCCAACUUCUUAAGACAUCACUAAGCAGGACAUCAUCAGAUGAAGACCAGGAUGAAAGUAUUAAAGAAUUAGUAGAAAUUACUCUCAAAAAAAUGGAUGGUGACCAUGAUAGUAGAGUGUCAUUUGAAGACUACAAGAAGGGAAUUGAGGAAGAAAAUUUGAUGAUGGAAUUCUUAGGGCCCUGUCUACCAGAAAAAAAGAUGUGUGAUUGUUUCUUAGAUGAAAUAGAGCAGCUUGGCAAGUACUAAACAAGAGAUGAGG